AUGGAAAACCCAAUAAUCGAUUAUCGCCAAUUCUUCAUCGAAGACACCGACUUCUACAAUCGCAUUGUUCUCGGGUUCUUCUUGCCUAACAACUUCUGGGUCCCACUUCCUCGCUUCUGUCAAACAUGGCUUCGUAAUUACAUUGGCGGGGUUCUUCUUUACUUCAUCUCUGGUUUCUUAUGGUGCUUCGUUAUUUACGUUUGGAAACGCAACGUUUUUCUCCCAAAAGAUGCGAUUCCGUCACGUAAAGCAAUGCUCUUGCAAAUAUCGGUUGCCAUGAAAGCCAUGCCCUGGUACUGUUUGCUUCCGACUGUUUCAGAGUACGUGACGGAAAUAGGGUGGACAAAGUCCUUUCCUAGAAUAGAUAAUGUUAGUUGGUUUGAAUACAUUGGUUAUCUAGCAAUUUACAUGGUUAUUGUAGAGUUUGGUAUUUAUUGGGUGCACAAAGAGCUGCAUGACAUAAAACCACUUUACAAAUAUCUUCACGCGACGCAUCACAUCUACAAUAAACAGAAUACUCUCUCCCCAUUUGCCGGUUUGGCUUUUCAUCCCCUUGAUGGAAUACUUCAAGCAUUACCACACAGUCUUGCUUUGUUUAUUGUUCCAGUCCAUUUCAUCGCACAUUUAGUGCUCUUAUUCAUCGAAGCUGUUUGGACUGCAAAUAUUCAUGACUGCAUACAUGGAAAAUUGUGGCCUAUUAUGGGAGCUGGUUACCACACCAUUCAUCACACGACGUACCGGCAUAACUACGGUCAUUACACCAUAUGGAUGGAUUGGAUGUUUGGCACUCUUCGCGACCCCGAGGACGAGCAAGGCAAAGCAAUGUGA